UCGCCUGAACGGGGCCGCUGAAGUCUUGCGGGAAUCUUGCCUGCCAGCGUCUGUACAAUGUUUCAGCCUAGACCUUGUGGCUGUAAGGGCCAGAGGACAUGCCUGGUGUGCGAGAAGGAUAUGGUGGGCCAGGAGACGGCCUGCUGGGUCACACCGAGGGAGAAGGAGUGUGCCUAUGUGUACUGCCCAGAAUGUGACUUGGCUUGGCCGGGGUGGGACACCAAACAAUGGAAGUGUCACCCAAACCACCAGGGAGAGGGAAUACCCUUUCCAGGAGUAAAAAUCAUACAAGAUUUCAUAUCUGAAGAAGAAGAAAGAGACCUCAUGAACUCCAUUGAUGAAGUACCCUGGGAUCUGUCUCAGAGUGGCAGAAGGAAGCAGAACUAUGGGCCAAAAUGCAACUUCAAGAAGAGGCGAGUGAAAGCAGACACUUUCUCAGGCUACCCAGCCUUCACAAAAUAUCUACAAGAGCGCUUCAACUCGGUUGAUGUUCUCCAGGGUUUCCAGACAGUGGAGCAGUGUUCCCUCGAGUACUCUCCUGAGAGAGGUGCAUCCAUUGAUCCACACGUUGAUGACUGCUGGAUUUGGGGUGAAAGGAUACCUACAGUUAGUCUUCUAAUUGACUCCACCCUCACCUUAAGAAAAUUUAGUGGUCCUGAAACAAAGUACAAUUUAAUAGAUCGAAAAAGCUAUCCUUCAGUCGUGGGAGUUAAUGGUAAUGUUAGAGGAGAUGAGGAAAUCAGAAGGGAAUUUGAAAAAAUUCACGAAGAGACAGAUAAUGACCAGGAAAGUGAAAAUUCUCAAGAUAAACACGCCAGCACGUCACUGGCAACAGGAUUUGUUGAGCCAAGUCUUGUGCGCAUACCCAUGCCGCAGCGCUCCCUCCUCGUGUUGUAUGGACCUCCUCGCUACGAUUGGGAACAUGGAAUAUUGAGGGAGGACAUUCCGUCCCGGAGAGUGUGCAUCACUUACAGAGAAUUAACGCCCACCUACCUCCCCUGUGGUCCCAAGGCAGACAUAGGUGAGACCAUCCUGCAGGCUGGGAAGGUGUUCUGGGACCACCACCGCCACUACUCACUGGAUCGGGAAGUUGGUGCUAAGGCGUGACAAAGGUAAUACUGUACCUUCAUGGAGUGCCCUGAGACAAUUGGAAAUAAGAAUCAUGGCACCACACAACUAUGUCUGUGCCCAGAGAAGUGUGAAAACUUUAUUAUGGCCUUUGAUUGGCAUUGGGAAGCAGGAGCCCCUUGCCCACUACACUCUUGGUGCAGACUUCCCUGUGUGACAUAAUAUAGGAGGUCAACACUUCUAACUUGUUUCCUUAAAAUCUUGCUUUGGGAACUGGAUUCUGCACCAGGUCAAGAUCUGGUGCAUUAAAACAGUGGAGCAGUGAUGAUAACGGUUAAGCAAUAUAUACAAUUUAAUAGAAUAUGCGUAUAUACAAUAAAAUUUUAAACAUUGGUUAAUGAUUUUCUACACUGAAGAGUUGAAACUUGAAACCUUUCAAAUAUAAUAUGUGAAGAUGCAGGUGCCAUGCAAUCCACCAAGCAGAAAUGGCUGGCCAGGGCACACAAGUUUUAUAGUAGUAUGUGAAUGCAGUAUGCAAAGGUAAGAAUAUCUGUAGGAAAAAGUAUGAAAAUGAGGAAUCACAAAACGUAACACUGAAAUGAAUUUGAAGCCUUUAAAAUUCUGGAGAAAUUUAUAUACGUGUGUCAUCCUUAACUGGAAAGAGGUGGGUUAUCUGUGUGAAGUGUGAAGCACAGAAGUACAACGAAGAACAGGUGCUGGGGCUAUAUAAUCCCUGAUGCAGGAGGAGGUAUUCAGUGAGAGUACCUGUACAUACCAACCUUGCCACAAAAAUAUAGUUAAACUUUUUCCCCACUUGAUUUGCAAUGACAAUGAAAUAUCCAUGUAUAAAAAAUGCAAAUUUAUUACAACCUGAUCUUUAGUCCUGCCAUCUCUAACUGUUCAUAAAUUUACAGGAAAUGUUUUGUUUUGUUUUUCAUUCAAAGGCAAACUUACAGUAGACAGGGUAUGAGAAAA